GACCUCUAUAUCUAGUUAACGUUUUUCUUCAUCUUAGUAUCGCUGAGGGGUGAUCUCUCCUCAAUCGAGUUUACUUGGAAGCUAAAGCUAUCGAAAUGGCCAUGGUUUUAACACUAGGCUUCUGUUAGAGAAUUACACAUAUAUACUUGAAGUUUUCCUCAAUUUUAAUCUGGCUUUUCUUUCUUCUUUACAAUCAUCACUCAGUCCAGGAGAACAGUUCAUCAUUUCAAGCUCGCUUCUCUAACUCAUACUAUUAUCAACUUCAAGACUUCGGUUUUUAAAUCAAAAGUCCAUUCACAUCACAUCACACCAUUCUCAAUUCCAGUAACUUCAACACCCAAGAUUGUCACCAUGGUCAGAUCGACAAGCAUCAUGGCUGCGAUACUCAGCCCCGUCAGCCAGGCAAUUGGUAUUAUCCUCUUCAUGGCUGCGAUACUCAGCGCCGUUAACCAGGGAACCGGCUCUACCCUCUUCAGAUAUUUCAAUCCUCCAGGUCAUUUAUGGAACUCUUCACGCGCUUCUUUUACUAAAGAGGAGUUAUUAUCGUACCAAGGUCGUCGUCAAUCUUGGGCUAUCUUGCUAUUCUUAUUUGCAUUUAGUAUGAGUUUCAUGCCAUUUGUGUUGAGAAUCUGGGAUGGAAGACGUAACAAAACCGAGCAUGAAGUUACCUUGCAAGCGGAGACGAAAGAAGACACAAAAGCGAAAACAAAAACUACCAAAUUGACCACAUCUAUCAAGUCCACUAAAGUUACGAAAGCAGAAAGCGAGACGAGCGAAGCUAAAGAAGCGAGAUCCACAAAAAUCGAACCUUCUGAGAAAUUGACACAAGGGGACCAAUGCGAUAAUUUUAGCACACUUUUCAACAUGCACGUGGAAAUUGCCAAAACUAAAAGCGCAUUGGAAAACGAGCAGGAACGGGUAAACCGUAUGGAACUAGUUAUGGAGUCGCUCCAGUCACAAAUUGAUGUCCUACAAGCCAAAUCGACAGUUAAAGACGAAGGAGCUAAAAAUAGAGCACAGGCGAUUGAGGAGGAUCGCCAAAGACAAACUGAUAUCUUGACAACAAGAAUCAUGACCCAAGAAGCAAAAAUGGAAGAGGUUUUAGGGAGAUUAGAAGAAAAUGAUCGUAGUCAUGAGGCAAUCGAUGUGUGUAUUGAAAAUUUCACAAAUGAAGCAGUAAAGACAAAAGAGGAGCUCAAGAGAUUCGAUUGCCUCGAUAACAAGAUAAAUGAGGUGGAAGACCUCUUGGUAGAUGAAAUCAGCAAUCUUGAGGAAGCAGCCAAAGAUAAUCUCGAGGAGUUCAGGGCAGAUAUACUGAGCUUGGAGAAUUAUUUGGCGGGGGGGUUUCAAAAUUUAGAAGAUAAGAAGCAUAGCAGAGAAUCCGAGAUUAGAAAGGAUAUUAAGAAUGGAGUGAAAGAGGAAUUGAGAAGAGAACAAGAGAAAAGGGAGCUUGAUGAGUUUUGGGAAGAGAGAUUGAAAAAUGUGGGGUCUAAUAUGGAAGAGGUGGCAAUAAAUGAAGAAGUUCAAGAUGAGAUGAAGGAGGAAGUCACAAAUACUGUCCCUACGGUAGAGCGCUCCUCGCAAACAGAAGCUGAGACUACAGAGACGGGAAUCAACCAAGAGAUUGUAGGAACCAAGGGUGGAGAUAAGAAACGCGAAACCGAUCCAUUGGCCGAAAUUGAGACUCAAGAGACGAAAUCCAAACAACAAGUCGUGGAAACGAAGGACGACGCCGACAAAACCCCAGAAACCGAUCCAUUAACCAAAAUCGAGACGAUGAUAAGAGAAAGAGAGCGUCACCCCAAUAGAUCUGUUGACCUUGCUAUGCAUUUCUAUCUCAUUCGAGAAAGAUACAAAAUUCUCGAAGAUCUCGAAAGGGAGGAAAAUGGCGCCAUAGAAGAUCUUGAACAGGGAAAAGAUGGUGUUAUGGAAGAUAUUACGGACACACUCAAGGAUACGGUUGAGGGGGAGGAGAAAGGGGGUAGUUCGGAUGAAGAUUGGGAUCAGGUUUGAUUUCAAAAAGGUUUCUGGGAAUUUGGAAAGUUUGGAAAGUUUGGAAGUUUUGGGUACAAUUAACAUAUGUAUGUGUAUAUACAUACAUACAUACAUACAUACAUACAUGUACGCGAGAAGAGUUUCUCCGGAUUCAUCUUCAUCUAAUGUAAUGUUUAAUGUUUAAAGUCUAAUGUCUAAUUUCUAAUGUCUCAUAUAUAAUUAUUAGAGAGAAUCA